AUGACCGAAGUUGAAGUUGUCAAAUUGGAAAAUACUCCAGAAAUGGUCCAAGCGUUAAAUCAAAUGUGUAAAGAAAUAGUUACUGAAGAUGGUAAAACUCCUGAAGAAUUUGAAAAAAAUUUACGAUUAACAAAUGAAGAUGUUACUGAAGUACAAAAUAUCGAUAAUGACUAUGAACGUGAGUUAGUUUUUUAUCAACAAGCAAUUAAAUCAGUUAUACAAGCAAGAAAGUAUUUCAAUGCUAACAAAUAUCCACAUAAACGACCAGUUGAUUAUUAUGCAGAAAUGCUUAAAUCAGAUGAACAUAUGGAACGAAUAAGACCUGAAUUGAUGAAGAUUCAAAAGAAAAUUGAAGCAGUUGAACAACGAAAGAAGAACCUUGAAAUGCAAAAAGAAGAAAAUAAAAUGAAAAAACAAAAAAGAAGAGAAGAUGCUAUUCAACGACUUAAAGCUAAAAAAGAAAAGAAGAAAGCACGUUUCAGAGAUAAAGCACUUGCCAAACAAGGAAGAUUUAAUAAAUUAGAUGAUAAGAAAAUUACUAAUGGUAAAGUUAUGUUUGGAAAGAAGAAAACAGAAAUGAGAAAACAAAAAAAUGGUGGUAAUCAUAAGAAAGGAGGUAAGAGAUAA